CAUGCCUAAUGACACAUUUUUAAAAAUAUUAAAAAAGGGUCCAUUUUAAUUAUCAUAUGCAAAGACAUUAGCAAAAUAUCUUACAAGAGUGCUAAUUACACUUCAUACAAUUUCUAUAGCCCAUUGUGAUAUAAAACCAGAGAAUAUUUUAAUAGCUGCAGAUUUCAAUUUGAAACUAUGUGAUUUUGGCUUUGCUAGAAUUAGUAAAGAACCUUUGAGACCUCCAGGGGGAACUCCUGGAUAUACAGCCCCUGAAAUGUAUAUUAAUCAAACAGUGAAUCUAUUUAAAUGUGAUAUUUUUGCAUUGGGUGUAGUAUUAUUUAUUGUAGUAAUGGGAUUCCCUCCAUUUUAAACUAAUGAUCCUAAUGUAAAGGAUGGAUGGUGGAGUUUAAUAUAGAAUAAAUAAUUCGAUUUAUUCUGGAGCAAAUGUGAAUAGUUUAGAUAAUAACAAUUUCCAUAAGAAUUUAAAAAUUUAAUAAUGUCUAUGUUAGAAUGUGAUCCAGGGAAACGGAUAUCAUUAUAAUAAGUAUUAGAACACGAAUUUUUAUUAAAUGGAAUCCCAGAAGAAGAUGUUUUGAUAGAAAUUGAGAAAAGAGUCAAAGAAUGA